AUGGUAUCACGAAUGGCGACGUUACCAGGGUCGCUCUGGCGCCGCCACUUUACGACGUCUCCAGUCGUCCGCCGCACCAAAGGACUAAAUCUAACGCUCUAUGUAUCUCCUCUAUUGCUUCGACUUCAUCCGGACAAGAUGCAGCAUCAAGUACCUACUCUGGCACAAGAAAAUGAAGAAGCACUCAAGCAACUCAACGUUUUCUUGGAACUUGCGACUUUUGGCUGCAAUAACGACGGAUUUAAUGCUCGCAAAUAUAUCUUGGCACUAGGUAAUUGCAGUCAAGGUGUUUCAGAGGAGCCAGUGCGGUUUCCACUGGUUUUUCACGUCCCGACAGACGAUUUGGAGUCUCCAGAGCAUGUGGAUGGAUUCGUCCGUGUUCACUACACUGUUGAGAUCCCUGGUCGACUAGUGAAGCGUACGUUGUCCAAUAUAGGACGAUCAAUUAGCAUUCGAGACGAUCCAAAGGCUGCUUUGCAAGCACCUCUUGCGCGAGACUGGCAGCGCACGACGAAAAGAAUUGUAAAGGAUCUGUUCGAGGUGGCACACGUGCCGCUUGUUGUGACAGAGGAGAAUGAGGAGAAAAUGACGGCGUUGGCUGAGUGGCUGGUCGAGGAAGACACGGCUGUAGAUCAUGCCGAUAUGCACGGCGUUCGAGCCGGAGAACACAACCGAGCUAAGCAGCGAGAACAUGAACAGUUUAACAAAACGUACCACGCGAUGCUUACACACGAAAAGAAUAUGGUACACGAAAUGACGACAGGAUUGGAAGACGGACCGACAAUGCAGCACGCCGUGCUAACAAGCUUACUCCACUCGAGACUUUUUUUGCCAAAAUUUGAUGACGCGCACAUGAAAAAGAGUGCAUUCCACUGGAUUGCCAACUUCUUGCUUGUUAACUUUAUGGAGUUACGUUUGCACAGUCUUGUGUGGAACAAAGUCACGCUUUUUGUUACUGCCGAUGUGGAUGUGAAAGAGCCUCAAGUAAGUUGGGACGAAGAAUUUCCGGAGCAGGGCAUGGGGAUCCUAAUUCCUGUUGGUAUGGACGUGGACUCACUAAUUGAUUUUGUGUAUGGAAACAUGGAAGACUUGGAAUUUGCAUUGGCGGAGAAAUUGUCUCAGGAUCAAGCAGCAGUAAAGGAGAAGCAGAGACUUCGACAACGAGAGAUGAAGAAACAGAAGACGGGAAAAAAGAGACGGCCCGGCCAUUAUUAUCAGGAUGAGGUGAAUGCAAUUUUCCGUAGAGCAUGA